CGAGCCCAAUCCCCGAGAAAUCCGUCAAUUUGGCGCCAAACGUGGUUUCAGUCUGUCACACUCAGACACGCAUACCUUCUCCCUCACUCUAACCCUCCUCCUUCUUACUUUGUUCAGAUAAUCCCCAAUUCCCAAAUCAACCUUAGGGUUUUAAAUAUCUCUGUUUCGAGUCAUCAUCAUCAAAAGUUCAAAACUCAUCUCUCUCUCUUACUGCGACAAACCCAACCCUAACGUCCUAAACCCUUCUUGGAACCCAGCCACCAUCCCAUCGCCGAACUCUUCUCCUCGGCACCUUCCUUCCUCCCUCGUCGCUGAGAAAGAUCCAAGUUUUUAUCUCCUGCAAUGGCUGACCCACCUCCACCCAAGCGCCAUAAAAUUGUCAGAGGAGAUGAUGAUUAUAUGCCCGGAAACAUUCUUGAGAUUGAGCUUUCUAAGUUUAUGACCUUUGAUCACGUGAAAUGCAAACCUGGGCCUCGAUUGAAUCUUGUAGUUGGACCCAAUGGUUCUGGAAAAAGUUCUCUCGUGUGUGCUAUUGCACUUGGCCUUUGUGGAGAGCCUCCGUUGCUUGGGCGAGCAACUAGUGUCGGGGCAUAUGUGAAGCGGGGAGAGGAGUCUGGAUCCAUUAAGAUUACAUUGAGAGGGAAUAACAAAGAUGAGUGUAUUGCCAUUACUCGCAAAAUAAAUACUAACAACAAGUCUGAGUGGUUGUUAAAUGGGAAUAUAGUUCCCAAAAGUAAUGUAGCUGAAACUGUUAAAAGGUUUAACAUCCAAGUCAGUAACUUGACUCAAUUUUUACCGCAAGACAGGGUCUGUGAGUUUGCAAAGUUAACUCCAGUGCAGCUCCUGGAAGAAACUGAAAAGGCUGUAGGUGAUCCACAACUUCCCGAGCAACAUCGUGCACUAGUUCAUAAAAGUUAUGCAUUGAAGAAUAUUGAAGUGUCUAAGGAGGGGCAUUUAGGUACCUUGAAUCUGUUGAAGAAACAAAAUGCUGAACUAGAGAAGGAUGUUGAGCGUGUCCGUCUAAGAGAUGAGAUUCUUGCCAAGGCUGAAACCAUGAAAAAGAAAUUGCAUUGGCUUGAAUAUGACAUGAAGAAGGCUCAAUAUUGGGAAGCUAAGCAACAUGAGAAUAAUGCGGCAAAGGCAAUGGAGGAGUCUGCAAAGUUACUAAAUGAUCUUAAGGAUCCUAUUAACAAACAGAAGGAGGAACAGACUGCACUAGAUGCCAAAUGGAAAAAGGUUGACAGCCGUAUAAAAGAGAACUACAAGAAGCGGUCAGAACUUCUAGAUAAAGAGAGCCAACUGGAUGUGGAGAUGCAAAGGAAUUACAAGGAUAUGGAAGAUUUGAGAAGACAGGAGGAAACUUGGCAAAAAAAACUUGAAAAAAUUAGGGAGGAACUUGCUGCUUCUGAACUUGAACUUGAGAAUCUAGGUCCUUCCGAACCUCGUCAACAAGAAGAGCUGCAAAGACUAAGAGCUAAAGCCUCUGAUAUUGAUUAUGAAGCUAAGCAAGUGAUGAAUCCUCGCAUAUCACAACUAGAGAGGGAAAUAAGUUGUAAAGUGACAUCCUUGAAUGAAUGUAAAAAAAGGUUGAGCGAAAUGAACAAUAAAAUUACAAAAUGUUUGCAUGUAUUGCAAAAAGCAGGGGCAGACAAAAUUUUUGAAGCCUUUAAAUGGGUCCAAGAACAUCGUAAAAUCUUCAAUAAGGGGGUUUAUGGCCCAGUAUUAUUAGAGGUGAAUGUCUCAGAUCAAGAUCAUGCUGCUUAUCUAGAGGGUCAAGCUGCGCAAUAUAUUUGGAAGUCUUUCAUAACACAAGAUCCUCGUGAUCGGGACCUCUUGGUGCAGCACCUAAAGUUCUUUGAUGUUCCAGUUUUAAAUUAUACCGGUGAAGUUGACCAACAAAGAGAGACUUUCAGAAUUACUGAAGAUAUGCAUGCCCUUGGCAUUCACUCCCGGCUGGACCAAGUUUUUGAUGCUCCUAGUGCUGUCAAGGAGGUUUUGAUUCGCCAGUUUAAUUUGGAUCAUUCUUAUAUUGGAUCCAAAGAUACUGAUAAGAGGGCUGACGAGGUUCCAAAAUUGGGAAUUAUAAAUUUGUGGACACCGGAAAAUCACUACCGGUGGUCUAAGUCUAGAUAUGGGGGUCAUAUCUCAGCCAUGGUUGAACAAGUGGGAGAUCCAAAGUUUAUAGUGAAUAGUUCAAAUGCGGGAGAAAUUGAGAAGCUGGAAUCCCGGGAAAAGGAUCUUGAAGGAAGUAUUGCUACCUUGGAAGAAGAUGCUAAAAGAUCUCGAGAUAAGCUAAAGGCCUUAAUUAAUGAAUAUGCUGAUCUUCGUAGAAAGAUGGAGGAGAUUAAUAAAUUAUUUCAACUAGAGAAACAAAAACGUGAAGGUAUUCACAACCGUAUUGGGAAAAAGAGAGCUGCACUGAAAUCAUUGGAGGAACCCAUUGAUAGAGAUACUGAGAUGGCAAAGCUUGUUGAUCAGGCAAAUAAACUUCACAUUCUGAGAUUCCGUAAUGCAAUGAAAUUAAAGCAACUUCUCGUUGAGUGUGUUGCUUACAGAAGAAGCUUUAUUGAACAACGGAUGUCUUCGAUUCAAUUUGAUGCUGAGAUUCGAAAAUUGGAGGCAGAUUUAAAGCAGCAUGAGAGGUCUGCCAUUGAAGCAACUAUACAAUUUCAGAACCUUAAGAAAGAGACUGAGGCUUGUGAACGGCAGCUGACGGAUUCUUUGAAUCAAGCUGAAUCAAUUGCACCAUUGACACCUGAGCUACAGAACGAAUUUCGUGAGAUGCCCACUACAAUUGAGGAUUUAAGUAAUGCUAUUCAAGAAACAAUCUCUGAGGCCCGGGCAAUAUUUACACUUAAUAAUAAUGCAUUGGAGGAGUAUGAGUAUCGGCGACAAAAGAUAGAAGAACUUGCAGAGAAAAUUGCUGCAGAGGAGGAAGAAUAUGGAAGGUCUUCUACUGAAAUAAAGGAAAUUGAGGAUAAAUGGCUUCCAGCACUUCGAAACCUUGUGGCACUGAUCAAUGAAACUUUUAGCCGUAAUUUUCAAGAGAUGGCUGUUGCUGGUGAAGUUUCACUAGAUGAGCAUGAUAAGGAGUAUGCCCAAUAUGGAAUUUGUAUUAAAGUCAAAUUCAGACAAAAUGGAAAACUUGAAGUUCUUAGUGCUCAUCAUCAAUCUGGAGGGGAGCGGUCAGUUUCAACUAUCGUAUAUCUUCUUUCCCUUCAAGAUCUUACAAAUGUCCCAUUUAGAGUUGUUGAUGAAAUCAACCAGGGCAUGGACCCAAUAAACGAAAGAAAGAUGUUUCAGCAACUGGUCAGAGCUGCAAGCAAGCCGAAUACACCACAGUGUUUCUUGCUUACCCCCAAAUUGCUACCAGACCUGCAAUAUAGUGAAGCAUGCACUAUAUUGAACGUGUUUAAUGGCCCUUGGAUUCCCCAACCCUCAAAGCUAUGGGAGGAAGGUGAACGAUGGAGUAUUGUCACCGGUCUCUUGGGGGAAACCCAUUGUUGAAGUAAAACUUAAUGGUAUAUUCACCAAGCAGGUCUAUGUGAGCUUUUUGGAAUGUGCUUUGUUUUAACUUCCGUAUAUAUUUUGCGCAGUAACUAAAUACACUGCAUUUGAAUGGUCCUUUUUUUUGGUUGUUAAGCUGUAAUGUAACCGCUAUUGUGAAACACUUGAUCCUUAUGCCAUUAUGAUAACGUAUUUAUUCCCAUCAUAGCAAACUAGGGUAUGGCAGCGCGGGAUGAGUAGUUAAUGUACUUUAUGCGUAGUUUGCUUACAAAAAGAUUUAUAUUUUCUGAAA